AUGCGGGACGACGCGAGCGGGAGCGGGUCGAGUGGGCGCGAGAGUCGGACGGCGACUCGACCCAGGUCGCCUGACGAACAGUCGAUACGCUCCGUAGCGUCGAGCUCGCAGGGACACAGCGCCGAGUCUGAUGUGGUGGAGCGGCGGAAACGGAUUGACUCGCUUGGCGCCAUGUCGAGCAAGGCGAGCGUGAGGGAAGACAGGACGAUCAGUGCCGCGAAGAUGCCUGUACAGGCCGAAUCUACACGGCCAGGCCCCAUGUCGCCUCCGCCCGUUCGGAAGAAGACGAUCAGCGGCGGCAGCACGGCGGGUCGCUCGUCUCUCAGCAGCGACACUCAGUCGACUCCUCGCCACCCUACACUCUCCAGCAUGUCGUCCUUUACCUCAUCCAACCGACCCUUCAGCAGCAACAGCACCAUUGCGAGCAGUCGGUCAGGAGCAAAGGCUGAAUACGCUUCGUCUACCCUCUCCAGCGCUCUUCCCUUCAUGCCACGCCGAACUUCCGCCGUCUCGACCGCCUCUCGCACGCCUUCCUCCUAUCCUCGCGACUCGGUCUUGCCGCCAGGCGUCUCGCCCAUGUCGUCCGACUUCGAUUUCCCUCGACCUGCAGACCCCGCCAAAGUCGACGAGCUAUUCGACGAGCUCCUCCCACGAAUCGGCGCAACUUCCGGCUCGGCCCUCGACGCAGCGCGCAAUCUCGACACGGACAAGAAGUGGACGUUGAUCUACAACGACGCAUUCAUGAAGUGGAAGAAUGCGCGCGAGAAGAUCACGCAUCGGCCGGUCGAAGGGCGGAGCGCGCCUGCGGUCGGGACCUCGCGAGGCGGAGUUGCAGAGUACCCGAUGAGUCCGCGAAUGGGCGGAGCAGGAGCAGCGGGGGACAGGAGUAGCGCGAAGCCGUCUUGGGGGAAGAACGAGAGUCCCGAGUGGUACAUCGGCAAGUUCAUGGACGGGACGAUCACACAGCAGCAGGUUGCGAGCCUGAGUGUCUGUUUGCGCACCUACGAGCUCGCAUGGCUGCAAGCGUUCAUCUCGCUCAAAGGGCAGGCGGUCCUCGGCAACGCGCUGCACAACAUCAACAAGUCCGACACGCAGCGCAAGCCGGAUGUCGGCAUGGAAGCCGAGCUGAUCAAGUGCCUUCGAACGCUCUUCAACCACACUGACGGCGCCCGCGACGCCAUCGAGAACAACACGUCCAUCUCGGCUAUCACCGCGUCUCUCGCCAGCGAGAUACCCAUCCGAAAGAGCGUCAUCGAGCUCCUCACCUUCUUCGUUGCCCGCGACCGCGUCAAGGGCUUCAACCUCGUCCUCAAAGGCCUCGACGACUUCUCCAGCUCGCGCCGCCUGCCCGGCAAGUUCGACGGCUGGUUCUUCUUUUGGGAAGCGGCGAUCGACGGUCGAGGGAGGUUCGGUAGCUCAGUAGGAGCGAGCGAAGCGGUGAUGAGUCUGCGAGGACAGGGCGCGAAGGACAUGUCGCGCGGUCUGGUGGCGAGCUCGCCUUUGGCGGACGUCAAGGACCAGGCGCUCGCCGACUAUGCGGCGACGAAUAUGCUCCUCAUACAGGAGUUGUUGCGCGACCGCGAUCUCAAGAUCCGCAUGCACCUCCGCGCCGCCAUGGAGCUUUCGGGCCUCAAGCGCAUCCUCGACAAGCACCUCGUCCUCGACCAUCCUCUCCUCCGGCGUCUCAUCUCCGACCACUACGAAGGCGCCGAAGCCGACUCGCUUGAGCUCGCCGACCAGAUGAAGGAGGAAGUCCGCAUGAACUUCUCCGACCCCCGCGGCUGCUUCGACGCGAUCAUCGAGAACACGGACGGCCGCGCACUCGACUUCCUCACCAGCACACUCAAGCACCUCCUCCUCAUUCCGACGGAGCCGGAGUCGCGCAUGCGGCAUUUCCAGCUCAUCGAACGCCUCGUCUCGGCCGUUGUGACCGACCGCAAGGGGCUCGACGGCGGCUUCACCAAGCUCAUGGGCUCGAGUGUCGCCCAGAUCGUCGCCUCUUUCGCUGAGCAGGACCGGCUGGCCGAGACGCAGGACGACCUCGAGGUUGCGCAAUCGCAGGUUGCCCAGCUCAAGAAGCGGUGCGAGCAGCUAGAGGAGGAGUUAGCGGAAGGGACGAGCGGAGACGUCGGCAAGCUCAAGGGCGAGAUCGAGCGUCUCGAGCGGGCGCUUGCGACUUCGCGCGCUGCGACGGACGGGACGAAGCAGGAGUACGCUGGCAAGGAGCGCGACUACCUCGACCAGAUUGCCGCCCUCCGCGCCGACAAUAGGAUUCUAUACGAACGCCUGAAGGCCGCCGGACUGCUCGACGGCAUUGAGGAUGACCUCCAGGACCGCAUGGAGAAGCAGCUGCAGCGCAGCAAGACGAUCCAGAUCCUUGAGGGCAUGUCAGCAUCAGAGCCUCUCCCCGCGGUACCGGGAAAGACGAUAUUGGGCACGACGAGCGCGAGGCGGCGGAUGGAAAACGGCAUUGCGGCGGAGAGAUCGAUGACGGCCGACAGGCUUGCUUCAGGUGUUCGUCAGCCGGUCUCUGCAUGGUCUCCCACGCCCUCCCCUCCUUCGCAUCGCACGCCUGUUCGACGCGCGGGUCAGCAGCAGCCUGCCGUCUCCGCCUUCUCGCCCGACAGCGACUACGACACGACUCCGCAGGCGGUGCGCGAUCCGUCCACCUUCCACAACGACUCUUCGCCAGCGUCACCAACCGUCGCCCGCACUUCUCGGCCUGGACAUGCCUCGCACCAGCGCCGGCCGACUCUCGCCGAGCAGAUCCGCGAUGUGGCCAUCAAGAUGGGCAGCAGUCCCGCCCGAGACUCGGUCGACACUGACAGCGUGCGCACCUCGUCGCAGCAAAGCCACUUCACCUACGCCAGCAACUCGACUGCGCCGACAAGUACCGCUCCAUCCGACGUCGACUCGGCGGUCCCAGAGACUGUCAUCGAGGCUGCCGAGGGCGACGAGGCCGGCAAUGACCUGUCGCCAACGACGCGCAGACCUGCGGGUCAGAAGGUAGGCGUACCCGCCUCGUUCGCCGACUCGCUCGAUAGCCUCAUGCCGCCAUCGGCUCUUGAAACGCCAAAUCAACGACCAGAUACCGUCUUCCUCGUCGGGCCCUAUCACACGGCACCAUCGACACCUCUCCUCGAUGCAGAAUCGCCCGCCGUCUCUCGCUCGAUCACGCCGCCUCCGUUCCUCGCCCCUUUCGCAUUCGGGACGGCCGAUGUUCCCGCAACGCCGGUCGUGCAGGCUCCGACACCUUCUACGACACCUCCUGCUCAUGCGCAUGCGGACAGAGACGCCUCGCCCGAGUCUUCUGGUUUCUCCGCCGUUCCUGCUCCUCCUCCGCCCCCGCCGCCGCCGCCACCACCACCUCCGCCUCCGCCUGCGUUCUUCUCUGCUCCCUCAGCACCAGCCCCUCCGCCUCCGCCUCCUCCUCCGCCACCACCACCACCACCUCCAGGCAGCAAUGCCAUUCCAGGCGCACCUCCUCCUCCUCCGCCUCCACCGCCUCCUCGCCCGCCUGGACCUUUCGGCGCCGUCAAGACCGCGUCGACUAUGCCACUCAGCGAAGUGCUCGCUGCGAAGGCAGGUCUUCGCAAGAAUACCGGCGAGCGGUCACCCUCAUCACCCUCGGGGCCAGGUGCUCCCCCGCCGCCUGCCCCGCCCGCGCCCGGCGCACCUCGCUUCAACCCAGCAAAGACGCCUGUCGGUCUCGCGCAGCGAAAGCUCAAGACGUUCCAGUGGGACAAGGUCUCGCCGCACGGUAUCUCGUCGACGAUCUGGGGUCGCAAGACUGGGGACGCCGACGAAGACGCGCGGGCGAUUGCCGAGCGGCUGCGGCAGCAGAGCAUCUUCGACGCGAUGGAGGAAGAGUUCCGCGCCAAGCAGACGGUCAAGCUGGCGGUCAAGCGCGAGAAGUCGACCUUGACGACCUGCCUCGACUCUCGGCAUGCCCAGAACAUCGAGAUUACGGUUCUCAAGCCGGCCGGCAGCGCGACCGACGACGCCUUCACGAAGGUCAAGGCUGCGGCCGGUCGCAUCCUCCGCUACGACGAGGGGCUUGGCGAGGCGUUCCUCACGGAACUCGUCGCUUUGCUGCCGAACCCGGAUCAGGAGUCGAAGCUCAACAUGCACAAGUCGACCCCGCAAGAAGACCUCGACUUCUUGGCGCCCGCAGACCGAUUCCUCGUCGAGCUUCUCAAGAUCGAGCACUUGCGGCCGCGCUUGAAGGCGAUGAUCUACCGGGAAAAGUUCCUGGAGAACAUCACCCGGCUGGAGGAGGAGGCGGAGAAAGUGUACGCGGCAUCGAAGGCCCUCCUCGACGCGCCCCAUUUCUCCGAGUUGCUCAAGCUCAUUCUCAUGCUCGGCAACUUCCUCAACGCGACGAACCACAAGGGUAACGCGCAGGGCUUCAAGGUCAACUCGAUUAACAAGCUUGUCGACACCAAGUCGUCGCAGUCGAGCAACCGCACCCUCCUCCACUUCGUUGCCAAGACGGUUACCCAGACGAUGCCGAAAACGGAGCUGUUCCUCGAGGAGUUGCACAAACCUGCGGACGCCUUCAAGGCCGACCUGUCGCACGUCCGCGCCGCCCUCAUCGACUUUGCAACCCAGCAAGAAAGCCUCGACAACCUCCUCAACACGCACUUUGAUGACCUGUCCAGCCUGCACCCGGACGAUGGCUUCCCUAAGAAGAUGUUCCGCUUCCGUCGUGAAGCCGAAGACCGCCUCGCCGCCCUCAAGGACUCGCUCCGUCUCGCCGACUCGACCUAUAACCAGGCGCUGACCUUCUACGGCGAAGACGCGAAGAGCAUCGCCAGUACCGACGAGUUUUUCAGCGUCUUCAAGACGUUCGUCUCGUCGUACAAGACGGCGAGGGAGGACAAUCGCCGAGCGGAGGAGGCGAGGAUCAAGGCGGAGCAGGCGGCGGCUCGCAAGGCUGAGGCGGCAGCUGCCGCGGCGGCGGCGCUUCAGUCAGGCGACUCGCUUGUCGAGGAUAUGCUCAAGACGCUUCGCGAGCAAUCGCUUGACACGCCUCGCGCCGUGCGUCGCGCUGGGCGGAAGAACCUGCUUGCGGGCGGUAGCUCGUCGGGCAAGGAGUCGCCGAGCGCCCUUCUCUUCGACCGCAGCGGCGCGACAUCGCCAACGCCUGACGGGCUGGGCUCGAGCGGCGGAUCAAGCUCGUCGCGGGUCGACGGCCUGGACGACUUGCUUGCCAGCGGUCAAGAGCUGAUGGCUCGCUUGACGGGCGAAGGCUUUGCCACCGCUUCACCCACACCAGCCGCCGCUACCCUCGCAACUCGCCGCGCCCGAACCCGCGACUCUCGCCGGACAACCCGCCAAGACCUACUCUCUCCCAUCUCUCCGGAUGUCGCAUCCCCAUCCCUGUCGCCCGACGCCUUGACCCUGCCAUCCACCCCGAACAGCGAGAGCGUCGACGAGAAGGACGCCGACAGUCCUGCGACGCCUAUCACGCCUACGCCGGCAUCUGCCAAGGAGGCGCGGAGGGGCAGUAACGAGACGACGCGAGCGUCGAUCAGUGUUCGCGAUGAAGACGAGGAAGUCGAGGAGCUGGCGGACGAGGCGGAGGACGAGGUCCCCGAGAUCCGUGCAAUUGGCUGA